AAAGAGUAGGAAGGGGAAGCAGUAAAACAUACGCCAGAGAAGGAUUCCAUUUUCCUGGCAACAAGUUCUUCGGUUUUAAGAAUCGCCGUCGCAUCAUGGAGGUCGACCAGAUGCCCCUGGCCGACGUGGUCUUCGUUAUCGAAGGCAGCGCGAUCAACGGCGCCUACAUCAACGAGCUGAAGACCAACUACAUCCUGCCCACCUUGGAGCACUUCACCACUGGCUCCAUUGACGAGCGCGAGUAUUUGAUUGCGGAGCGCUUUGCCACGCUAUACGGAAUCGUUGUGUACCGGACCGCCGCUAAUUUGCUUGAGCCCGUCUGCUCCACCUACGGCCCCUUCCUGCAGCCCCAAAAGGUGAUGGAGACGAUCGACCGGCUGCCGCUGGUGGGCGGCGGCAUGGAGUCGUGUGCCCACAUGGCCGAGGGCUUUGCGGCCGCCCAUGGCUGCUUCGAUGACAUCGGCGAGCGUCGCCAGAUGCUGGACCAGACCAGCGUCCAGCGGCACUGCAUCCUCAUAUGCAACAGUCCACCGUACCAAAUGCCCACCACUGAGUCCUGGAAAUAUCCCGGCAAGUCCUGCGAGCAGCUAGCGGUGCUCUUUAACGAGCGCAAGAUCAAUCUAUCCAUCAUUGCGCCGCGAAAGAUGCCGGUGCUGUUCAAGCUCUUCAUGAAGGCGGACGGCGAUCAGCCGAUAACCAGCAAGAACUACGCCAAGAAUAUCCGCCAUUUGGUGCUGCUCAAAGGUUACAGCCUCAAGGAGCGAGCUCCCAGUCCCAAUAGCAUGGCGGCCCAAAUGGCAGCCCCCAAUGCUGCCCAGGCUGCCGUGCAGCAGCAACAACAACAGAAUUCAGCGGGUCAGCAGCAGGCAGGUCCGGGCAUUCCCAUGGACACUGCGCCUGUCCAGCAACAACAGCAGCAGCAGCAGCAGGGCAAUCCCCAGCAAGUGAUGAACAUGAACCCAAUGCAACAGCAGUCGGGUCCCAAUCCCCAGGCGGGAUUGCUCAAUCCCCAGCAGCAGCAACAGCUCAUGCAGCAGCAGCAGCAGCAGCAACAACAGCAAAAUCAGUUUGUACCCAAUCAGAUGCAGAACCCCAACUUCCAGCCGAACGUGGGACCAGGACAAAAUCGAUGGAUGUAUCCCAACCAGCCGGGACAGGCCCGACCGCCCUUUAUGCAGGGCGCUGGCAAUGUCGGCGGCGUCCAGGGUCAGAGCGGUGGCAUGCAGCUUCAACAGCAACAGAAUCCCAACUCGGCGCUAAUCUCGCGUAUAACUGCGCCGCCGCCCAACCAGACGGUCAGCUCACUGCAACAGCAACAACAAGCUCAGGCGCAGCAGCAGCAGCAGCAAAGGAUGCAGAUGCUGAACCAGCAGCAAAUGCUCAAUCAUCAGCAGCUGCAGCAGCAACAACAACUGGCCCAGCAGCAACAGCAGCAAGGCAACCCCAAUGCCGGCAACAACAUGAUGCCGGUGUCCAACGCGGUAUCCAACAUGCCCAAUCCCCAACAGCAACAGCAGCAGCAGCAAGUGGGACAGCAGGCGAAUGCCCAACAACAAGGCAAUCCCCAGCAGCAACAGCAGGCGAAUCCGCAGCAGGAGCAGGCCUCCCUGAGGGAAAAGAUCUGGACGGGAGUGCUAGAAUGGUCGGAGAAACCGAAAAGCGACCAGCAGAAGAUACCUCACACCCUCCAGUGCACCGUGUGCACCAACAUAAAGGACGGAGUGCCCGAGAUCAAGGCGGAGAACUGGCCGCCCAAGCUGCUGAUGCAGCUGAUGCCCAAACACUUGGUGGGCAACAUUGGAGGCCAGUUUCUAAAGGACUCCAAAAUGGUAGUUUUCCGACCCACGCCUGGCGAAGCUCUAGACUCUCUGGCCAAGAUGAUGACCUCUGGGUACGCCGGCUGCGUCCACUUCUCCUCUAUACCCAACUCGCCCGCUUGCGAGAUCAAGGUGCUCAUUCUUUUGUACACGCCCGAUCGCCACGCAUUCCUCGGCUUCAUUCCCAACAAUCAGGCGAUGUUCGUGGAGCGUCUGCGCAAGGUUAUUCAGCAGAAGCAGCACGGCAGCGUGCAGCAGCAGCAGCAACAGCAGCAGCAAAUGCUCCAGCAGCCGGGCAAGUCCCCCAUGGAGCUGCAGCAACAACAACAACAGCAGCAGCAACAACAGAUGCAGCAGGACAAUUCCCAGCAGCAGCAGCAGCAGCAGCACUACAACCAGUACCAGCUUAAUAUGCAGAUGGGCGGAGGCCCCGGCGGUGGACCUGGUCCCGGUCCCGGCGGUAUGCCCAUGCAGCAGAAUCAAAUGCAAAUGAACAUGAUGCAGCAGCAGCAGCAACGUAUGCCCCUCGGCGUUGGCGUGGGCGUCGGGCCUGGCGGUGUCCCCAAUCCGAAUCUUCAGCAACAGCUGCAGCAGGUGGCUCCCAAUGUGGCCGCCAUGCAGCAGCAGCAGGCACAACAGCAGCAGCGAAUGGUCCGACCCAUGAUGAGUAAUAAUAAUCCGGGUCUGCGCCAGCUGCUGCAGCACCAAACCACGCCUGGCAACCAGUUUCGACCACAGAUGGGCGGCCAGAAUCCAAACCAAAUGGGAGCGGGUGGUCCAAUGGUCGGCAAUCGCAACUUUGACGACGGCAGCUACGAGUUCAUGUAGGCUCCCUGGAUACUAGGAUUACUCUACUCAAAUAUUUUGUACUGUAUGAAUCAUGCAAUUAAGGUUAUUUCAGAAAUAUACAUAAAUCAGCUAAUUUUAAGAACU